AUGUCAUCAACAGAUAUUACAAUUACAGAGAUUGUGGAACAACCACAAUCACAGCAACAACAACAACAACAACAGAAUGAUACACUUAUGGAGCCAAGAGUCAAUCCAAAGUAUGGACUACCACAGAGAUUGCCUGUUCAUUUGAAGGUUCAUCCAAAGAAGUUCUUUGACUCUGCUGACUGGGUACUCAAUGGAUCAGUGGUAGACAACAACUCAGAGCUGAUCAAUCCUGCAUUCGAAUCUCCAGCAUAUCCCAAGGUGCAUUGA